AUGUGGACGAUAUUGUUGUUUGUGGCUACGGUAUCUGCUGGACUAAAUAUUCAAUUGCCCGGCCAUUGUUCAUUGCCAUUGGAUCGUGGAAGGGAGUGUGGCGGAAAUUCUACAAUAAGGUAUUACAUGGAUAAAGAUCGACUCCAAUGCUUCCCAUUCCGUUAUAAUGGAUGCGGGGGCAAUGGCAAUAAUUUUGAGAGUGAAUCCGCUUGCUUUAACUGUUUGCCAGCCGAUCUCAACUUCUGCCCGGGAAAUACCGACCCAGUCAAAGAUGCCAAAGGCGAAUCGUACUGUAAUCAUCAGAAAAAGUGUGCAGAGGGUGCCAAAUGCCGAAUGGGUUUUGCCGUUGGCCUUUGUUGCAGCAAUGAUUCGAUUAAAAGAGAAAAUGCCGACAACGAGCCGGCUUGCCCAAAAGGAAAGGAAGCUUAUAAAGCACAACGCUUUGGUUUUGAUUCCCUCUUCACCGGGCUCAAAUGUGAGCACGACUUUUGCCCGAGAGGCUCAAGCUGCCAUCAGGGCGAAUUCAUCUCCUAUUGCUGUAAA